AAACGGAAGCCACAGUCUCAUGGUAUCCUGGAAAAAUGCUUGACAGCUAAUACAAAAAAUGAAAGGAAAAAUAGUAUACCAGAAACUUCAGACCUGCAGGAUGAUCAAGGAAGAUCACUCAUACAGGAAGCACAACAGGAACCAGUACCCAGUGCAAGUACUGUUUCACAAUGUCCCAUGUGUGGCAAAGCUUUUGAUCCAAGUUUCACCAUGCUUGAUAUAGACAGUCACCUUGCUACUUGUCUGUCCUCCACAGAUGAUGAUGUGAACUGGUGAUUAACAUUUACACUUCAGACACUC